UUCGAACGCCCGCGUGGCUGUCGGGUUUCGAAUCCCGGCGCCGACCCUCGCCCUCGACGCGGGCUGCCGAGUCGCUGGCGCAGCCUUCGGCCCUCGCAUCAAUCAUUAACGGGCCAACUCGGGCUUCUGCGACCCGAGAAAGGGGGAUGGUACGGAACUCGAGACGGGGGACAACUCUAUUGCCCGAGGCGGCCGCGAAAUACUAGCCAGGGAGGCCCGGGAACGGCUGCUCAGAGGCUCAGGUCUUUUCUGGAACCUGCAGCGACGCCCCCGGCGCGUGCACAAAGGCUCCGACGGCGGCCGGCGGGGACUGGCGAGCGCGCUGGUGCCGGCGCCAGAGGUCGCCUGUGCGCGCCCUAGCCAAGCCCCGGGCACCAUGCCGCGGCGCCUGCAGCCCCGGAGCGCGGGCACAAAAGGCCCGCCUGGCAUGACCGCGGCGGCUUCAGAGGCCGCCUCUCGCUCCCACCCCUCGGCCUCCGGAGACCCUGCGGCAUCCGCCAAGCCGCUGCUGCGCUGGGACGAGGUGCCCGACGACUUCGUGGAGUGCUUCAUCCUGUCCGGCUACCGGCGGCUGCCAUGCACCGCGCAGGAGUGCCUAGCCUCGGUGCUGAAGCCUACCAACGAGACGCUCAACUUCUGGACGCACUUCAUCCCGCUGCUGCUGUUUUUGAGCAAGUUCUGCCGCCUGUUCUUUCUAAGUGGCCGCGAUGUGCCCUUCCACCACCCAUGGCUGCUGCCGCUGUGGUGCUACGCGUCGGGCGUGCUGCUGACCUUCGCCAUGAGCUGCACGGCGCAUGUGUUCAGCUGCCUGUCGCUACGCCUGCGCGCCGCCUUCUUCUACCUGGAUUACGCGUCCAUCAGCUACUAUGGCUUCGGCAGUACUGUGGCCUACUACUACUACCUGUUGCCGGGCCUGAGCUUGUUGGACGCCAGGGUGAUGACCCCGUAUGUGCAGCAGCGCCUGGGCUGGCACGUGGACUGCACAGGCCUCAUCGCUGCCUACCGCGCCCUUGUGCUGCCUGUGGCCUUCGUACUGGCCGUGGCCUGCACCGUGGCCUGCUGCAAGAGCCGCACUGACUGGUGCUCUUACCCAUUCGCGCUGCGCACCUUUGUCUUCGUCAUGCCGCUCAGCAUGGCCUGCCCCAUCAUGCUCGAGAGUUGGCUCUUUGACCUCCGUGGCGAGAACCCCACGCUCUUUGUACACUUCUACCGCCGCUACUUCUGGCUGGUCGUGGCUGCCUUCUUCAACGUGAGCAAGAUACCCGAGCGCAUCCAGCCGGGCCUCUUCGACAUCAUUGGCCACAGCCACCAGCUCUUCCACAUCUUCACUUUCCUUAGCAUCUACGAUCAGGUGUACUACGUGGAGGAGGGCCUGCGCCAGUUCCUCAAGGCGCCACCCGAUGCGCCCACUUUCUGUGGCACUGUGGGCUACAUGCUGUUGCUGGUCAUCUGUCUGGGGCUGGUCAUCAAGAAGUUCCUAAACAACUCGGAAUUCUGCAGUAAAAAGUGAGCCUCUGCCUUGGAGGAGGCUGCCAGCUCGCCCACUUUUUUGUAUGGAGUUUCUGUUGUUGCUGUUGUUGGUUUGUUUUCAAGUUUUGUUGUGUUUUCUUCUUUGCUCGAGGAGGGUGCUGCAAAACAACAGAGAAAAAGUCCAAUGCGACGGGGGUGGGGGCGUCUCAAUGCACUUGGGGCUUUGGAAGAGGGAGAUGGGGCAAGCAGGAGGCAGAAGGCCACUGGUCCUUGAUCCUGGGAAAAAAUUCAAGUGGUGUCUGUGACAUCCAAGGAUUUUUCUAAGGCAGCGAAUAAAACCCCCAAUAAAACCUCUAACAGUUCGAUUUUCCAAUCGUCUUCUCUGCCAGAGGUAAUAACAAGUAGCCCUUGUGAGAUCAGGCAUGCAGUAAAGAGGGUAAGUAGACAAAAUCCCUGAGUACUUCCAUUUCAGUCUGAGGAAUGCAUGGAUUUAAAGAAUAGAACGUUGUAGGAAAGGAGCACAGAGACAGAAACCCAGGGCUUAACCUGCUAGAAAAUGCAUGGAAUGUGAACUCACGUUAAUUAUUUCAAAAUGUUUCUCAGAUGUUAUUUAAAUAGUAAUAUAUAUAGUGAUUUCUCAUAAUUUAUCAAAGCCUGUGAUCUGCACUGAUUUAUCUUUGUCAUGUAGUUUUGAAUUUUGCAGCCCUUCUGCAUUGCAUACACUUGAACUGGACACCAGGGCAAGCUGCUUGAGAGUUCUCGGCUGCUUUUUUAAACAGUAUUUUUUGAAGGCCUGUGUGUGUCAUGCUACAACUGUGAAUUGUUCUACCUUAGGGACUCUGGUUAAACUAUUAGGUGAAGCUAAGUGGUUUGUUUAGAUCCCGGGUUUUCUAUUUACUUUAAUGUAUUCCACAAAACCCAUUCUAUUUUUUGUUUUGUUUUCAAUCUUAUUUCCUUCUCUACUGAUUUACAUUGCCACUGGGAUAAAUGUGCCUUUUGAAGCAAUGUCCAAAUGACUGGUCCUCAAACAAUAGUUUCUUGCAUGGGGAGAGCAGUAGGAGUAAACUUUUCUUACCUUAUUGCAAAUCAAGGUUUAACAUUCCUUCCACCCAGAAGGGAAGGAAGAUGGUGUUGGUUGUAAGUUUUUGGUAGGAUUGGAAGUGGCUUUCCAGGACAGGCAGAGCAUUUGGCAUCUCUAUAAGGAGAAAGCAACCCACUAAUGUGGCUGUGGUUCCUAGUGCAGCCAUGGGGAAAGCGAGAGGACUAUGUUCUGGACUGAUGGUCUCUAGCCUUGCUUGAAAUUAAAAUUGUUAUAUUCAAGAAUUUUUAAAAAGGCAGUUAUAUGAUGAAAGAGUAUAAUACUUGAGUUGUAACUGAAAAUAUUGAGUUAAGUAGGAUUACCUUUGUCUGGUCAAGCACUGAAGUCUCACUUGGAUCCAGACCAUGGAGAUGAAUGGCGGUCACCCUAAGUCAUUGACAAAUUAGGGAACACGCUCCUGAGAUCCUCUCUGACAACCACAUUGGCCAGUGUUACAUACAUUUCUCAUAAACGUGGUCGUGGACCUCAGAGGGCUACUCUAGAUUAAUACAGGUGGCUUAUUUGAAUACUUAUCACACCUCCUGAAAAGUCCUUUUGGUUAAGAGCCAAAUAAGUCAUUGAAUUGGUAAGUUUUGACUUCAUGGUAUAAUUUAGAUCAAGCACAGGAGAUAGAUGAACACUUACCUCAGCACUGGUAGGCCGGUGCUCCUGCCAAGCUUGCCAUUUUUAUUUAUGCUUUUAAUUGCUACUGUAUUUGUAAACAGAGAGGCUGGGCACAAUUCCCUGGAGCAACCAGUAUCCUUGUGUGUUCAUUUGCAGUCAGAAGUUAACUUUAUAGAUGACUAUAUUUAACUUAGGAGCUCGUAAUGGGAUCAUAAAUACACUUUGCACGUUUGCUGAUGGGUGUCAGUGUCUCAUCUUUGGCCAAGUGCAAGGAGAUUCCUGUGAGGUUACAGAGUCUGAGACUUGUGCCCACCACGGAUGUUAUUCCUUAGCCAUAACUUAAUUCGGUACAUGUAUUCAAGGACAGUGGUGGAAAUCAGGCUAUUUCCACAUGCAAACUCAUUUGUAUCUUGUUGUCUCUUCUGGAGCCCCAAAGAAUGUUGGUUUGGAAGCUAGAAAAACAGGUUGAGGAGUAUUUUGGAUCUUCCUUGUAAAAUAGGAACCUCCUUUUUCAAGAGAAACUUUCUAGAGACAAACUUUCAAGGGUUGAUGAGUUUGAGAACAAGAAAUAAACCCGCUAUUUGCCAUUUUAAAUUUUGGUUGGCGACCUUCUGGAUCCUCGAACGGAAUUCUCUUGUCACCCUGUGUCUUUGUCCUUAAGCAGAGGCCACUUAAGGAUAAAAUUAUACCCAUAUCAUUUUCAAGUGAUUAUGAUGCAUGAGCCCAGUAAGAUGACACACUUUUACCCUGGAAGCUUUCAGCAGAGGGAGGACACACUUUCCUUCCCUUUGCCUUUUUCUUCCUGUGCUUUCUCUUUCUGAUUCCACCUUCAUUUUUAUAUACCACAUGCAACAUUGACAAAGGACAUUCUGGGUGAAAACAGUGGUUUGGCUUCACUUCAUGUUUCCUAAUAGGUACCGUAUACACUAUGGUCUGUAUGCCAGGGAUGAUUUGUGAAGCCGUAUGUGUUAUUUGCCCAGUUAUAUCGGAUUUCUGUCAAGAUAAAUGAUGAUAUUUUAGAAUCAGCCAAUGUUUACUCAGCCUCCACAUUUGCAUGGAACUCUGCAGGUAUCUUACAUAUUUCAGGGGUAAUACGGCAAUCAGAAUAAAAUUGCUUUUAAAAGAUUUUUUUCAUGCUCUCCAUUUUGCAACAUCCUUUAAGAUUCUGUCUUAGUUGAUUGUGUUCAGCUGUUGGAAAUGCAGGACAAAUGAUAAAGAAGAGUGCACUCCCUUAUCUCUGUACAACCUAUUUUGACAGAAUUUUGAAGCCUAUUAUGUAAUGCAUUUUAUUUUUACUUGUUAGUCAUGAUCUAGAUGACAUCUCAAGGAGCAGCAUCAGAGAGUCACGCCUGGGAAAUGAGGGUGUCUGACUUCCAUGCCUGUCACCCCGUGGGUCGGUCUCUGGCAUUGACUCAUGCUGGUUUAUGUGUCUAAAGGUGGUGGUGGGGGGAGGGCUCCCUUCCUCCCUGCCCUUGUAUCUGCACGUUCAGGUGAAGAGGGUGACCUUCCCAGAGAGAGGAAGUGAGUUCUUCCUUCAUGUCAUGACUGGCCUGUAAAAAUAAAUGUGUUCUGGUCCCCUGGCCAUACCCUUUCUAUAAAUAGUCCAGGAAGAAAAGCAUGGGGCUCCAGAGCUGGCCAGAGUGGCCUUCCCACGUUUCCAUUCAUAAAUCCUGCCUGUAAGGGAUUGCAGUCAAAAACCGUUUACCUAAUUCAUCAUACUACUUCAGGGGAAUCGUUCUAAAGAAUGCAAAAUUUGGGGAUGGAGGCGAUUUUUGUAAAUUUUUCUGAUUUGGUGCUGAAUCUGAGAGCUAACAGCAAUAAUAAAUGGGGAUUUUAAUCUUCAAACCUCUUCACAACUUGAUUUAAUCUGCACAAAUCUAUAGGGGGAGGCAGGUACAAUAGGCGUUACCUCCAUUUCAAGGUUAUACUGUUGGUCUAAGGUGACAGACUUAGAAUGUGGGGAUUGGUUGUGUGCUCAAUUGCAUUUACUAGUUGGCAUGGCUAUGACACCUGGCCAAGCGCACUGACACUAAUCGGAUUUUUUCCGCCUUUCAUUGAUUACCUUAUAAUUGUAUAACAGAGCGAAGCAAGAGGUGGCUAUCCUUGAAUUUAGACUAUAAAACUGUAAACAAAAUGUUAUCAGCUACUUAAGUAUUUUUUGUCUUCUUGGAUUGUUCUUCAUCUGUUGAAGUUGUUGAUUUUCAUUCAUUUGUUCAUGUAAUCCCUUUGGUGAUCACUGAGCACCUUUUGCAUGUAAGACUUUGGGCAAGGAACCAUCCGUAUUAUUACAGCUGUUACCCUUUUGUUUGCUGGUGAAACAAAGGUAGGAGCACCAGAAAGGCCCUCUGGCCAGGGACCAAACUCUGUCCUCGGCCAUAAGCACAAGGUCCUAAGCCACUAAAUUUGGUUCUUUUCUCCUUUUCAUUAGCCUAAGAGCAAUGCAUUUCAAUUAACAUACUAAUUUACCCACAAUCGGUUUCUUUCUUUUUUCCAGCCUGCUCCUAGGCCUGUGUGAAUUUUAUUGAUAAAAAUAACUAGAAAGUUUAAUGUAUAAUCUGGGUAAAGGGAGAGCAGGCAUACGUACAAAGAGUGGAAAAUUUAAUCAUGACUAAUUAAUAAAGACACUAAUAAUCACUUUGGGAAGGUUAGUAGUAUUCAUAUUAUCAUGAAGCAAGGUUCAUCCAAAGUGCCUAAACUGUGAUGUCAUUAAGUGUCUGCAUUUUAUACAUAGUAUAAUCAAGUUCUUUUUAAAAUGUGAGCUUAAAUACUUAUAUCUCCAAAGAUUAGCCAAAGUGAACUAAUGUUCUUUCACCUUUUUUCUCUUUUAAGGUCUUUGCGUUGUAACCUAUGAAUCCUGUUGUAGAAAAAAAAAUAAUAAUCUGGAGGAAUUAUAUAGAAAAAGUAUCAGAAGUAAAAAAGUCAGAAAGCAUGGGAAAGGGAGAACAAGGAGGAUUAGAUUCAAACAAUUGCAACCACAAGUUCAACUACGGACAGUUUCAACUACAGUUUCGCUUGAGUUUUACAUUUUGUCCCUAGAAAAGCAUGUGCGUUUCCAAGGUGUUAGUGCUUAAACAGGCAGGCGAGGAAUUCUCUUUGGCAGCCUGACCACAUCCUGUAGCUUUUGACCUAAGCACUAGUGCCUAGGUAUAUUUUGAGUAGUACAUGUACCCCAGCUUAAUGUCCUUAAUUUGUCUCCAUAAAAUUAGGGCAUAAGACAAAAAGGCACUAGGGGAUAGCACCAGCCAAUUGUAAAUCACCUUUUGAAUCAUUUUCUUGAAGGAUUGCCAAUAUUCUCUGACAUACCGCCUGACAAAAAGUGACCAAGUCUAGACAGAUGGAAAAAAGGAAGCAAUCAUUGGUGGAAGCCGAGUACUACUAUAUUCCGUUAUGAUGGGCCAUACAUCUUCCUACUGAAGAUUUUAUUCCUUCAAUAUUCUGAAUAAUUAUUCCUUAAUUGCAAAAAUGGGUGUCCACUCUUCUUAGUUACUACACCAAAAGCUCAUACACAUUUUUGCUGUUAAAAAAGGACAAAUGUAUUUCUGGUUUGCAGAUUUCUAAUCAGUUCAUAGGAUUUUUUGUUUCCAAAUAGCUUCUUACAAGUCUGUGAGUGAGUUGUAGAAUUAGAGUGUUUAUUUAUAGGUCAGAGGCCAAGAAUGUUCAUCUGGUUGCUAAUUGUGGCAGGAUGUGACUUUUGAAAGCUCUGAACACACACCUAGAUGCAGCAAAAUGUUCACUUAUUGACUGUUGAACUCAGUGGAACAUGGCUUUUGGUUUGAGCUACCGAACAUGUUCUCCAGUGUAUUGUGUUUCUCCAUGUAAUGCAUGAUCUUUAAUACUUUUCGUUCUUGAACAAUCUCUGAAAGCUAUUCCAAACAUGGCAUUUCCUGAAUGUGCAACAUUAUUCUUGAAUGUGUAAAAGUGGCUGGCCACCUUUCUCAUGCCUUAUACUCCACCUAAAAUAUGCAAUAAGCACUCAAGGAGGAGUGGAGGGGUCCUCAGUUGGUUUUCUAACCAUUCUGUAGAGAUGUCCCUGCUCCUCACAGCUCACCACAACAUUGAGAAAGGACACAGUGUAAAUAAACCCUUGUUUCCAGAUGGAAGGAGUACAGGGACGCAUUAAUUUCAUUUCCUCUUUGAAGGCCAUCUCUAGUUAGAAAGCAUGAUCUGUUUUUAAUAUGCUGGAUGCAAAAAAGAAAAUAGGCAAAAUUUUUAGAGAAGUACUCUAAUUUUAUAUUUUAAAGUUUAUAAUAGCAAUUUGUUUGUAAAAACUGGCCUUAGCACAUAGAUGAGAACCAGCGCCUUUUGGAAAGCCUCAUCUUUGUCCUGGGAGUUUAAUCACCUUGAGCUCUUACCCAAAUGAUAAAGACCUAGUAGGUCUUUAAAAAUGUAAAUAGUGUAUAGUUUAAAGAAGGAUAAAAUCAACUUUUUUAAAAAAAGGAGAAAACAGGUCUGCUAUGUUAUAGGUGUGUCACAAGGCUAAAUGUAAAAAAAGUCUUUUUAAAAUUCUAGCUAGACACCUCAUUAAAUUCACUCUCCCAGCAAGGCUUAGCACAGAAGAGCUACGUUUCUACCAGGCUGGUUUUUUUGUGGAUGCUAUAAGCAAAAUUAUUCCAACUAAGCAACUGAGUACCAAGGCAAUAAAGAAACGAGGCCCAGUUCACUUUGAUGAAGGUACCGGCACAGUGCAUAACAUCACCAGGAAAAGGCACAGCCCUGGACACUCUGCUCUUUUUGUUUCUUUGGAGUAGAAAGAAAAAAGCCCCAGGGCAUCACUCCACAGACCAGGAAAAGGCUGAGUUCAGGGCUGGGAGAGGAUGUCACACCACUCUCUUCUCUGAAUAAAGCACACGGUAGCUCUGAACUCCCUCCAUUUCAAACUUCUCCCAGCCCAUGUCCAUCACCCUGGAAGCCUUCACUUUCCACAAACUCAGCCUUGAAGACAAAAGGUUUCUAAAGGAUUCCAUGUGUAUUUAGGCCUCUUCAAACCACCUGCCUUAGGAGGUUCAUCCAUUUCUAAACUAAGGAUUUAAACCCAAUGACUGUACUCAGAUUUACAAGAAUGUACAACCAGCAGGUCCCCUUUUGAAGUAAUCGAAGGGCCACACUCAUUUCUUCCCUCAGGUCAGAGACGGAGGAUUUAACAGUGACCAAAUAGAGACCUCCUGUGUGUUAGCAUUUUUUUUUUUUUUCAAGUUCAUUUAAUGGUGGUAAUGGAGGAAGAAAGGAGUAAAGGAUAAUGCAGGUAUGAAAAAAGAAACUGAAUAAUGUUUUUCCCCUGCUUGCUAAAUUAAUUCUUCUUAGGCCACCUUAAAGUCACGUCAUCGCCUACAUCCUAAACAGCUGAAUUUAGCUAGCUGGUGAAGCUUGCUCAGGAUGUGUGAGCUUCCAUUACAGGGACUCCAGUGUGGUUUCAAAUAGUUUCUGCCAGAAAAGCAUUCUUUAAUCAUAAGUCCAUAUUACCUGAUAAAUUAAGCAAAAUAAUCCAUAGAAAUAGAGAUUACUUGGUUGAUGCAUGUAGCUGAUCAAAACUGUGAUUCAUUUCUGUUGUACAGUUUGCUAUGAUUUUGGUUUUCUGAGAUAUUGUCCCCUACAAUCUUGAAUAUGAAAAUCUGUAUAAAUAAUAUAACUAUGCAUUUUUUUGCUGAAAAACAAAUAUAUGAAAUAAUAAAUUAUUUGUAAGCAUCGUG